AUGCAACCUCUCAAUUGCUGGCAUCGGGGAGUGGUUGGAUUGGUCUCGGGAAGUGGGGGAAUGGGCCACUACCUUCUUCUGGUGGAGCAAGAAAUGGAAGCAGAAGGUUCUCGCCCGCAACUGGGUCAAACAGGCAAGGGAGCGACGGCCCGCCACUUUGACACCUUUGCUGCUCUUGUCUGCAACCACCAACACCUCCUCAAAGGUUCAGAGGAGCCUCUCACCGAUAUGGAGGUCAAACGAAUCCUGACAGCUGGGUUGUACUCCCCAUACAUCACCCAAGAAGUCAAAGCCGCAAUGGAACGAAAUAGCUGGACCAUCUAUACAGCCUCCAAUGCCAAAUUGAUCAACCUCAUGUCUGCAACCGUCAACGCUUGUGCCAACCAGAUGGCUGCCUUCUACAGCGGCCUCCCAGCUGCAUUGCGCCAGCCCCCCCAUGCUCAGCCAACUGCUGGGUCUCAACAGGCUCCAGCACCACGACCAACCCCACAGCCCACCAACUCCCAGCCUGUCAAGGCAAUAUCGGCCGCGCCGGCUCCCCCAUCUGAGGCAACAGUAUGUGCUUGGCUCAACAGCUCUAUUUGCCUCCCGUAUGGUCCCAAGGGAGCGCAAGCCCGUGAUUAUCUCAGACAGCAAGACAUCUGUUUCCAGUGUCGCCAGCAAGGGCAAAUGUCCCACAGCUGUCCCACUUUCCAACCUCAAGUUGUGCCCCUCAUGCCCGCGCCCACUCAAGCCCCGGCCCAGGCGCCUCCUACUACCCCCUGA